CGUGGACGAUGUACCGGGUGGAUGUGCGAUAUCUCGAGCGGUUCCGUCAGCAGUGUCUGCGACGGAUUUUGCGCAUCGGCUGGGGCGACAGAGUUGCAGACACGGAAGUUUUGCGUCGAAGUGGGAUGUAUGCAGUGGACUGCAUACUUUUAUUGAGACACCUGAGGUGGAUCGGUCAUGUGAGCCGUAUGGAUUCGACGUGGAUACCGAAACAAUUCUUAUAUGGUCAGCUGAGUGUUGGGAAGCGGCAUGUGGGGAAACCAAAGUUACGUUACCAGGACAUGAUCAAAGUGAGUCUCUCACGUUCUAAUCUUGAUUGCAGGUCAUGGGAAUCGAAGGCGAUUGAUCGUGGUUCAUGGCGCGAUCUAAUCACGAAGGCAGUUGCUGAAGUGCGGCAGAAAGCCCUCAUGCUUGCAGAGAAGAAGCGGCAAGCACCGAUGGGUUGUACUCCAUCGACAUCGAGCGCAUGGUGCUGUAGAACAUGCGGUUGCGAGUGCCUGAGUCAAGGAAGCCUAGUGAGCCAUGAGCGAGGCCACUCGGGACCACUGCCGAAGCGACGACGGGUCCUGCAGAGAACGUAGGCAGAACCGGCGCAGCGUUUGUAGAGGAUGAGUCAAUGCAAGGCGAUGCCGCCGAUGUGGACUUAGAAGCACCACAGCUGUUCACUCCACCCCGAGACGACGCCAUCCUGACACUGCGUGGACACCGAGAGAGUGUCUUUUGUCUGGCAGUCGAUCCUCUCGGUACUUACAUCGCCUCUGGUGCUCAAGAUCACACCGCCAUCGUUUGGGAUUUGAAGACAGGAACCAUUGCGUUCACUGCUGAAGGUCACGAGGACUCGGUGACUUGCGUAGCGUUCACCUCGGACGGACAAAUGCUCGCCACAGGUGACAUGUCUGGCGACGUUCGCGUUUGGCGUCGACCUUCUACUCCCAGCCCGGUUUGGAGCCUUCUACUCCAUGAGCACGUGAGCGAUUUACUCUGGUUCAUAUGGUGGAGUCCACCCUCUUCACACCGCUCCAAGGCGUCCGUCGCGGUGUUGGCCGCUGGCGACAAUGAUGGUUUGGUCACCCUCUGGUCGGUCUGUCCCUCGAGCACUGCAAGUGACGCGAAACGGGCGAAGUAUAUUGGAGGAGUGGGAGUUGCAGCGUUAUCGGGCAUUUUCUACCUUCCUUCGGUUGAUACCGAUCGACCAAGAUUAGUUGUUCUGUAUCAGAACAGUGAGAUUCGAUUGUGGGACGUUAAAAGUGAACAAUCCCUCACUUCCCUCACCCUCAAGACGGACAAGGAUGAAACGAAGGAGUCGGAAGUAUUCUGUCUGGCUUGUCCCCACGAGACCACUGCAAGGGAUCAGGAGCUCCUCGCUGUGGGUGGUUUCGGGGCUAUCUACAUGGUUGUAGUCAAAUAUUCCCUUUCCAUGGAACCGGAGUUCACAUCAAAAUGCGUAGCGGUGCUAGACACAUCCGAUGGCAGUUCAGUCGAGGCUCUUGACUUCUCUUGGACCCACCCUUACUUCGCCUUCGGCACAGCCGAUGGGACCUUGGGGAUUGUGGACAAUACUAAAAUGCGCUUCCGGCAGAAGUGGACCUACUCGGACGAGAUAUCUGAUCAAGUCGGAUUUACUUCUCUACGUUGGAGCCAUCAGGAACCGAUCUUUUUCACAUCGACCACACACUGUGCCGUAAUUGGUUGGAGUGGUGGCGGUGGCGGCGGUCAUUGUGAUACCCACAGCGUCGUUGACGCGGGAUCCUCAACAACUGUCCCUGCUCCUUUAUUCAUUUGGUGGGGUCAUCAAGCGAUGAUCUUGGACUUGGUUCUCAUUCCGUCCUCCAAUGUAGUGCCCACUGCGCCCACAACAAGUGGGCCUGCACAUCGUUCGGUGGAAACAAGGCUCGUCGCUUCUGCUUCCGACGAUUCCACGGUGAAACUAUUUUCCAUGGACUGUAAUACGGGUUGACCUUUAGCCUUGUCUCACCUCGCACGUCCGCACCACCAUCACGUCUUCCCUUCCUCAGUCAUUUUUGUUGGAAACGAAGCCUAUGUACAGGGCCUUUGUGAUAAAAAAAUUCCGGCCGUUUUUCGAAUAAACUAUACAUCACUUUUUCCUGCUCACCUUCCACUCUAACCUUUUGUAACAUUCACAUUUUUCUUGAAGACUGUACUUUUCCCUACUCCUUGUUGUCCACCUGUCCCAACGAGACUGGACCUAAAUGUGGUGCGACGGUUUGCGUAUCGCUUUGGCCCACUGAGCUAUACUGGAUGGUUCCACGAGCUCUUUGUGAGCUACUCUUAUCAGAUUGGUCACUGAUUAGAGGUCAAAUAAACUCGGUCUCAAGGUUGCG